GUGGAUGUGCAAGGGCAGGUGGGUGUGCGGAGGGGUGUGCGAGGGAGGGGUGUGCGGAGGGCUGUGCGUGCAGCCCCGCAGUGAAACUCUUCGAGGUCAUCGAGACGGAGAAGACGCUCUACCUGGUGAUGGAGUACGCCAGCGCUGGGGAAGUCUUCGACUACCUGGUGUCCCACGGGAGGAUGAAGGAGAAGGAGGCGCGGGCCAAGUUCAGACAGAUUGUCUCAGCUGUGCACUACUGCCAUCAGAAGAACAUCGUCCACCGGGACCUGAAGGCAGAGAACUUGCUGCUGGACGCCGACGCCAACAUCAAGAUCGCCGACUUCGGCUUCAGCAACGAGUUCACGCUGGGCUCGAAGCUGGACACGUUCUGCGGGUCACCCCCCUACGCCGCCCCCGAGCUCUUCCAGGGCAAGAAGUACGACGGCCCCGAGGUCGACAUCUGGAGCCUGGGCGUCAUCCUCUACACCCUGGUCAGCGGUUCCCUGCCCUUCGACGGGCACAACCUCAAGGAGCUGCGGGAACGGGUGCUGCGGGGCAAGUACCGGGUGCCCUUCUACAUGUCGACCGACUGCGAGAACAUCCUGCGCCGCUUCCUGGUGCUGAACUCAUCCAAGCGCUGCACCCUCGAGCAAAUCAUGAAGGACAAGUGGAUCAACAUCGGCUACGAGGGCGACGAGCUGAAGCCCUACAAGGAGCCCGAGGAGGAUUUCGGGGAUGCCAAGCGCAUCGAGGUGAUGGUGGGCAUGGGCUACACCCGGGAGGAGAUCAAGGAGUCCCUGAGCAACCAGAAGUACAACGAGGUGACAGCCACCUACCUCCUGCUGGGCAGGAAGAAUGAGUCCAACCUCUUCAGCAAGCUCACCUCCAAGCUGACGCGCAGGGUCACUCUUGACCCCUCUAAGCGGCAGAGCUCUAAUAGGUGCGUCUCGGGUGCCACCACGCCGCAAGGAGCCAAAAUCAGGUCGCAGACGAACCUGAGAGAAUCGGGGGACCUGCGCUCACAAGUUGCCAUCUACCUUGGGAUCAAAAGGAAGCCGAACCCCGGCUGCUCCGAUUUCCCUGGCAUGUGA